AUGAACACCACAUCACCAAUCGCUGGAAGCAAGCGUUCCAAGCGUCGCGCUGCGAAAACGAGCAUGGGCAAGGUUGCAUACGAGGUCGCGAAGCAAGAGAAGAGGGACCGCCAGCUCGAGCACGAACGUGUCAAGGCCGAGUCUACGAAGCGUCUGGCUAAUGACCUAGCGACUGCUUCCAUUCAAGAUAUUGCGAGGAGCAGAGUCCAUGCGCUCCGCGCAGUCUACGGUGGAUUCAGGCCCGACCACUUCCAGCAAAGCCAAGUAAAGCCGCCAAGCGGCGCACAGACAUCGCACGCAUUGGCAAAAAAGGCAUUCUACGACGGCAAGAAGCAAAGACGAGAACUGCAGCAGCAGCAGGGGCGAGUGAAAGCGAACGCAGCCAAGCGCCUCAACAACGCCUACGAGACCGCUCCCCGCGAGAAGAUUAUCAAGGCUCAUGCAAGAGUCAAGGGCGCCGAUCGGUUCGGAAAAUAUAACAUCUUGCUAGACCGUCUCCGCAGCGCAUCGAAGCGUGACAUCGCCGACACCGUGAGCAAAGUCACACAGAGUGCAGCACCACCAUGUCUCACUGCUGCUGCGAAGCGCCGGAUCGCCUGGGCUGACAUGGGCAAGGAUGCGUACUACCAGCAGAAGCAGGAGAGAAAGGAACGACAGCAAGAGAAGGCGCGUGCUGGAGCCGAAGGCAAAAAUGCCAAUGAUAAGAGCCAAUGA